AUGUAUACUUUCACCAUCAGACUACCAAGAAGCAGUUACCCUCGUUGUACGUCUCUGGAAAAAGCACUUCUACUCAUAGUGGUUGUUACUGUCGCUGCUGUAGUAACGCUUUCUGUAGCACUGGUGUCUGCUUACCGAAAUUUAAGAAAUGAAGACAAAUGGAAAAGUCACUGUCCAACGGAUUAUUGCACCUCAUCUGCCUGCAUUUCUUCAGCUUCCGAGAUUCUACAUUCUUUAGACCAAAGCGUUGAUCCUUGUGAUGAUUUCUACCAAUUUGCGUGUGGGAAUUGGAUGAAAUCAACUCAUCUCUUCGAAGAAAAAGACACACAAUUUGUUCGUCUCGAGAAAAAAGUUAUAGAAAAUGUCAGAGUUAGGAGAAAUGAAGAUGGUGUGACAGACCUUUUAAAGGACAUCAAAUACUUAGGAGGAUGGCCACUCCUCGAUAAAGAUUGGAGACCGGAAACUUUUAAUUGGAUUCAAGUGAUGGCUACUGCUGCGAAGCUCGGGCAUUUGAGCAACAUGUUAUUAGAUGUUAGCGUAAUGCCGGGCAUCAAGAAUGCCUCAAAGAACAUGAUCGCAAUUAAUGUACCAAGCUUGGGAAUGGGAAAUGAAGUUUUUUAUGAUCUGGAAGACAAUUCAGAUGCAUACCAGAACCUGACCCUGAAUCUCGCCAAAAUGCUCGAACCAGAAUUAAACGAGAAGAAAGCUUCGAACGAAAUCAGAAGAGCUUUUAUCAUCGAGAAACGCUUGGCGAACAUAGAUUGGAAGCUAUUGUUCAAAAGAAUAUUGAAACGAUCUCCAUAUUUGAAAGAUGAUGACAGCGUUAUUGUCACGGCUCCAUCUUCUAUUAAAGCUUUGAAUAGCAUUUUAGAUCUACAAAACAACUCAAGUGAAGAAAAACGAGUGCUCGCCAAUUACAUGUUCUAUCGCAUGAUCCUGCAUGCAGCACCACAUCUGUCUGGUAACAUGGAAAAUCUUUACAGUGACACUGUAGCUGCUUUUACAAAAAGAUUAAGAAACACAAAAUGGCUGGACUAUAAAACAAAAAAGAAUGCAGUAAUGAAGAUUAGGAAUUUACAAGCUGCAUUGGCUUAUCACAAAGAUUUGACAAAAGAAAAAUUGAAUAUGAUUUACAAUGAUGUUGCUAUUGGAGAUAGCCAUUAUCAAAACGUAAAGCGAAUGCAGCAUUUUGAGACUAUGGAAAAGGUUUCUGGAUAUGGAGAAAGAAAUGAAAGAUUUAGCUGGCAAAGCACUGGAAAUAUGUUAGCAGCUAUAGCUUACUACAAACCUACUGAAAAUGCAAUAAUAAUUCCAGUUGGCAUGACUGAAGAUUUUUUUCUCAAUGCGGAAAGACCAAACUACAUGAACUAUGGAACAUUUAGCACUAUUCUGGCUCAUGAAAUAGCACAUGGCUUCGAUAACAAAGGUGGAUUGUAUGACGCAGUAGGUAACCAGAAUAUGUGGUGGACAACCGAAUCUUGGGAAAUAUUUACAGAAAAAGCGAAAUGCUUUGUGGAUCAGUACGAUGAAUAUUAUCAACCACAAACUCAUAAUUACGUCAAUGGUACUGCAACAUUGGGUGAAAACAUUGCCGAUACCGAAGGUGUACUAGCAGCAUAUCAAGCAUAUUUGUCAUCAGGCGGAAACUCAUUCGACAAGGGUCUUCCUGGUCUACAAUACAGUAAUAAGCAGAUGUUCUGGAUAGCUUAUGCAUCAGUAUGGUGUCGAAAGCAAACGUUUGAUAGCCUUAAUUACAGCUUCAAAUCAAGUGUGCAUGCCCCAGCAAAAUUUAGAAUCAGAGGUGUUUUGUCGAAUCUGAAGGAAUUUUCCAAUGAUUUCAAGUGUAAGACUACAUCUAAUAUGAACCCUACAAAUAAAUGUUUAAUCUGGGAUGAUCGAGGACAAGAAAUUUAAAAAUGAUGUCUCAGAUUUAUUUAUUGACUUUUAAAAAUACUAAUAUCAAGAACAUUGAAUUGUACCACCUUCAGAUGAGCCAUGGAAAAUAUAAUCUGUAAUAGAAAGAAAAUGAAUUUACAAAACGAAACGUAGUAGAAUUACAGUCGGACCUCAAUAUAAGGUCACCCCUCAAGACUUCGAGAAUGUGACCUUAUAAGCGGAGUGACCUUAUAACCGGUUAAUAAACUUUUAUCAAAAAAAAAAAACAAAUUUGAAAUAUAAUGUUUUCAAAACUAUAUCACUUGAUGAAGUUAUGAUAUUUUCAUCAAGUUGAGUCAAUCAAAAAUAAUGCAAUCAGUCAGAAAUUAGGAAAUUAUUUGUUAAAAUUUUAAUUCAGAAAUUAAUACAAGUGAAAAAACAGCUGGAAUGAGAUAAUUUCCUGUGAUUUGCAGGUCAAAAAUGGACAUGUGCUUACAAUGGACACGCGACACUAUGAGAGACGUACUCACUCCACUCGCCUUCUCUCUGCAGCAUUCCAGCGUCUCGACACGCCUUUUUCCUAGAAUUUGAGGGGACAAAGGGUUUCGUGGAAAAGUUUUCCUUACAUUCGUAGAGCAGAUGGCAUUUUGUCGAUAAAAGAGAAUGUACUAGGGAAAUUCGUGGAACUGAAUCAGUGAAGCAUUGAAACCACUCAAAGAAAGGCAGACAAAAAUGACCUUAUAAGCGAAGGCGGUAUUUGAGACCUGACCAUAUAUCCAAUAAUCCAUAACACAGAAUCCCUAUUCAAUGAGUCGGGACUUUAGGAAAUUGACCAUAUAUGCGGAGUAAACUUACAUGCGGGUGACUUUAUAUCAAGGUCUGACUGCAUUAUCUCAAAUUUUUUAUUGGCGAUAUUAAUGAUUAAUGUAUACAAUUGAAAAAACUGAUCAUUUGUCAACCAUACAAAAUCUCAUAGUUAUGCUCGUCUUGCAAUGAACAGUUAUGUUCUCUAAACCAUUUCAUAGUCUAUGACAUCAUGAAUGCAAAAAAAAAAAAAAAAAAAGACCUAGGUUUCUUCCAAAAACUAUUGAUUGGGGCAAUUUUUAAAAUACCUGCUCUUUUUCCCCUGUAACGGAACAACUUUUACAAGAUCUUCACAGAAAAAUAUACUGUUGUUUAUUGUCCUGUCUGAACAUUUUAGGGAAGUAGCUUUCGAUAUGUUAAAACUAUCCUGCACUUUCUUCAAUUUGGUAUGCAACUUUUUGUGUGGUCUGCAAAAGAACUACAAAUGUUACUUUGUAUCAGUUGUUGAAAAACACUGGUUUAACAUAAAGCUGUAGAGAAAAUUGUGCUCGCAUGUUUCAGAGAAAAGUGGAAGAAAUUAUUCAAAUUUCUAAGGCUGAAUUGGUUAAAUUAAUCCAUAAAUUACUCUAUGCACAUUUAAUAUUACUUAAAUUAUUGUAUUCUGUUAUCACUUUUAUCUGUAAAUUAAAG